AUGGCAAAAAUCAACACCCAGCACUCCUACCCUGGUCUGCACAGCCUGUCUGUCAGAACUGUUGAUGAAGAUAUCGAAAGGAUUGAAAAUGGCUACAUCAGAGCCCAUUCACUUCGUGAGGAUGCAUGUUCAGAGCUGCAGGGUGUCAUUUCUGUGGAGGGAGGACAUGUACCUGAAUCCCAGGCAAGCUCCUUCACCGGUAGGGGAGCAAUGGCAAGGCUGUCACGAUUUGUCUUAUCUGUGAGGUCAUGGGCUACAAGGCACUCACACCAUGAUGACCAAAGGCCUGAUUCUUUCUUGGAACGUGUCAGAGGGCCAGAGCUUGUAGAGGUGUCCACCAGGCAGAGCAACAUCCGCUCCUUUUUGGGUGCCCGGGAGCGGCCCGGGGGAGCAUACAGUCACUGGCCCUUGGCCAGGUUUAAUGUCAACUUUAGCAACAACACCAAUGAAGACAAAAAGGAAGAAAAGAAAGAGGUUAAAGAGGAAAAGAAAGAGGAAAAGAAAGAGGAAAAGAAAGAGGAAAAGAAAGAUGACAAAAAAGAUGACAAAAAAGAUGACAAAAAAAAGGAAGAGCCGAAAAAGGAGGUCUUUGUGAUAGAUCCUUCAAGCAAUCUGUACUACAACUGGCUAACUGUAAUUGCAGCACCUGUGUUCUAUAACUGGUGUAUGCUAGUGUGCAGAGCCUGCUUUGAUGAGCUACAAAUGGACCAUAUUAAAAUGUGGCUCUUCUUGGAUUAUCUCUCUGAUAUUAUCUAUAUUAUUGACAUGUUCGUCAGGUUCAGAACAGGCUUCCUUGAACAAGGCUUGCUAGUUAAGGAUGAGAAGAAAUUACGAGAACAUUAUACCAAAACGAUGCAGUUCAAACUGGACGUGCUGUCUCUUGUGCCAACGGACCUGGCAUAUUUCAAGCUUGGUUUGAACUACCCCGAGCUCCGAUUUAACCGCCUGCUGAGGAUUGCUCGGCUCUUUGAGUUUUUCGACCGUACUGAGACCAGGACAAAUUAUCCCAACAUGUUCCGAAUUGGCAAUCUUGUGUUAUACAUUCUUAUCAUCAUCCACUGGAACGCGUGCAUAUACUUUGCGAUCUCAAAGGUGAUCGGCUUUGGAACCGACACCUGGGUGUAUCCCAACGUGUCUGUUCCGGAGUACGCGCGCCUCUCCAGGAAGUACAUUUACAGUCUGUACUGGUCCACGCUCACACUGACAACCAUCGGAGAAACCCCGCCCCCGGUGAAGGAUGAGGAGUAUCUCUUUGUGGUCAUCGACUUCCUGGUGGGCGUGCUCAUCUUUGCUACCAUUGUGGGUAACGUCGGCUCCAUGAUUUCCAACAUGAAUGCUUCCAGGGCAGAGUUCCAGGCCAAAGUGGAUUCCAUUAAACAGUACAUGCAAUUCCGAAAAGUGACUAAGGAUUUGGAAGCCAGGGUUAUUAAGUGGUUUGAUUACCUCUGGACUAACAAGAAAACGGUGGAUGAGAAGGAAGUUCUCAAAAAUCUGCCUGACAAGCUGAAGGCUGAAAUUGCCAUCAAUGUCCAUUUGGACACGCUGAGGAAAGUGCGUAUAUUCCAGGAUUGUGAGGCUGGACUUCUCAUUGAGCUGGUGCUGAAACUGAAACCUACAGUCUUCAGUCCUGGUGACUACAUUUGCAAAAAAGGAGAUAUUGGAAGAGAAAUGUACAUUAUCAAAGAGGGAAAAUUGGCCGUGGUGGCGGAUGAUGGCAUAACUCAAUUUGUAGUCCUAAGCGAUGGCAGCUACUUUGGUGAAAUCAGCAUCCUAAACAUCAAAGGCAGCAAAUCUGGCAACAGGAGGACAGCCAACAUUAGGAGUAUUGGUUAUUCAGAUUUGUUCUGCUUAUCUAAGGAUGAUUUAAUGGAAGCUCUCACAGAAUAUCCAGAAGCCAAAAAGGCUCUGGAAGAGAAAGGACGUCAAAUUCUCAUGAAAGACAAUUUAAUAGAUGAGGAGGCAGCAAAAGCAGGAGCUGACCCCAAAGACUUGGAAGAAAAAAUAGGGCGACUCGAAGUAGCUCUGGAUACGCUGCAGACUAGGUUUGCAAGGCUCUUGGCUGAAUACAGUGCAUCUCAACAAAAGGUGAAACAGAGACUUGCCAGAGUAGAAACCCGAGUGAAAAAAUAUGGUAGUGGCAGCUUAUCAGUUGCAGAAGCAGAGGCUGAAAAACCUGAGGAGGAGAAAAAGCAGUAA